CAUGAACAUACUACGGUACGCCACUUGUGACCAAGAGCAGAAAGCGCGGACCGUGUGAAUACGGAGAAUAAUUGAGAACAAACGUCAAGUUUUCAUGGAACAUUAAAUUGGGCAAGUACCACAAGGCAGGCUGCUGACAGAAUGGAUCAUUCAAAGAGGAAAUUAAGAUCUGGGAAGGGGAUGAAAGAGGAGGAGGGGCUGUGUAAGAAUAAAGACUCUCCCACCAACAUUGGCACUGAGAAAGGUCUGUCUGCAUGUAAAAGGGCCAAAGUUGCUACUGCUGAACCAGUGGACAGAUCUCUUUCACAACCACAUGAAAAAACCCAAGAUGACUCAGAGUAUAUACAAACAGAUCUUACUAGUUCUCUGGAAAUGAAUAACAGCCGUGCUUGUUGUUUUUGUGAUUUUGUGGGAAAAACCCCAACUGCUCUGAAAAUCCACUCAAAAAGAAAACACUCUUGGAUGAGGAAGAGCUCACACAGUGAAGUGGUUUCUAAGAAGAACUUUGCAAUAACAACUGUACCUGAUAUUAAGGAGAUGGAAAACAAUCCAGGGACUCCAGAGAAGGGUGACACAUGCCACCCACAAUACUCAGCAGCAGAGUCACAUGUAGAAAUGAGUUUACUGAUACCACAGGAUGCAAAUACAGUCCAAAAGUCACAAAUUCUUUCCAGUUAUCAAAUAGAAAGUAACAGUACGAAUCAGUGCACUGUAAACGAGGCAGAGUCUGAAAUGACAGAAAAGCAUUUUGAGAUGCCAGUAGAGGAGAAUUCCAGUCCCACCCAGAUGCUACUGGAAAUGGUUGAUCCCUCAUUAAGUGGAAGCAAAAAGAAUGAAAGACAUGAUGAGAAGGCCCUUGUAGAAGUUAAAGGUAUUGAGAGUGCCCAGGUAGGAUCAGUUUGUACCUCAAAUAUGGAUGUUGAAGACUUCAGCAAGCAAGAUGAGUUUGCCCAUAAACAAACUAGUAGAAGGUGUCCAAAGCCUAAGAUAUUGCAUGCAUGUUCAUACUGUGGACAUGAAUUUCGAGACAGACCUAGUCUGGAGACACAUGUCAAGAGAAGACAUACAAAGGAAAUGAACUAUUUUUGUGAAUAUUGCUCCUAUUCAUGUGUUGCAAAGUGUGAUUAUGAGAAGCAUUGUAUGAGCAAUAAGCACAAAAGGAAGAUGAUUGAGAAGAAAACUUCUGAGGUGGAGACAGACCUGGCUCCAAAACCAGCUUUGCCCGGCAUGCGUGCUGCAGGUGGCACCACAGAACAUCAGUGCAGCAGCUGUGGUUUUACAACCAGCACCUCUGUCAUGUUGGCCCAGCAUGCCAAAUUGCAGCACCCUCCUGAGCACAGGCUUCACUGCCAAGCCUGCCACUACUACACAUCUACAACUGAAGGAAUGCAGGCACAUCUGGCUGGAGAGUCUCACCAGCAAGCAGCCCUGGAAAAAAAUAUUGGUCCACUGUUCGAGGACUGUGUUGAAAAAGUGCUUGUGAUUCUUUCAGAUGACCAAAAAGAUGAACAGGGUAAGCAGCAAAGAGACAUUAGUGCAGGGGAACUGGGGGCACAGUGCUUCAAGAGAGUUUCUGCAGUUCAGGCUGCUGAGAUUACUGUACCAGAAGAGAACCUGGAAGUCAGUGGGCCUCACAAAAAAAAGCGAGGGAGACCCAAAAUGUCUUAUGUAACUACCUGCAGUCAUUGUGGACUUAUUGCAUCCAAUCCCACCAACCUCAGUGUGCAUAUCAGACGCAGACACAGCCGCUUAUACAGCUUCUUUUGUAAGCUCUGCAACUAUUACUGUGUGACUAAAGGGGACAUGGAUCGCCACUGUGAAACCAAGAAACACCUUAAGCGAAUGCAGAGCUCUGGUGAUGGUUGCAGUGGCAUUGUGUCACUAGAUGCUGAGCAAGCUGCUCAUGCAAGUGAGGAGGAGGCAGUGUGGGCUGUUGGAACAGAGAAAGCUGAAGAGGAAAAAAACGCUAAUGAGACAGAGAAAACACAAACUGAUGUAUCAGCCAAAAAAAGUAAGGAUGACUUGGAGAACUCCUGUGUUCACUGUGACUUUGUCGCUCACUCAACGCCCUCUCUUGCUCUUCAUGUGCGUCGCAAACACACACAAGACUUUGAAUUUGUUUGUCUGGCAUGCACCUAUUAUGCAGUAACACGCAGGGAGAUGUCCCGACAUGCGGCCACAGAGAAACAUAAACAGAAGCGUGAGACCUAUUUGGAGAAAGGGGAUGGAAGCUUGGAGAAAGACUUGACUGAGCUGAACCAGCGAAUGCAGUUAGACCCAAGUAAUCCCAUUGAAAGGGUCUCGGAAGAUGCACACCAGCCCACUGGGGCAGAUGGUGGCCUUCUCUGCUCUGACCCACUUGGUGGUAUUUCUUCAACUAGAGUUAUAGGAUGCACAGCAAAAGCAGUAGCAGGAAUUGAAGGUAGUGAAGAUGAGCUAUCACACAGUAUCAUGGUGGUGAAGCCAAGUGGUACCUCACUCAGAGCUGAGACCAAAGACUCAUCUCCAGACCAAACUGAUUCAAAUGUGCCUGCCUCAGUGCAGUCAAGCACCACUGACAGUAAUGCAGUGGAUGAAGAUACAGAGGAUAACUAUAUAGAUGAUGACUUGUCUGAAACAAGAGAUGCAUCUAGUGAGAAACUGUUGUUGAGAGCUGCUCCAUUUGAUUCAUGUAUCUUUCACCUAAAAGUACUGACAGAGGGUCAGCAAGAGGCAGUUGUGGGAGAACCAACUACCACUGCAUUAAGGCAUCAGGGACUCCGAAGACGGGAAGUAGCAGUAAAGGGUGUUGUUCCUAAUCCCCGCAUUCGUUGUGAGGACUGUGGCUUUUUGGCAGAUGGUCUCAGUGGACUGAAUGUCCACAUCUCUAUGAAACACCCAUCAAAGGAGAAGCACUUCCACUGCCUACUCUGUGGGAAGUCAUUCUAUACAGAGAGCAACCUGCAACAGCACUUAGGCAGUGCAGCACACAUACGUAAUGAGCAGGGCAGUAUCGAAGAACUGCCAGAGGGUGGCGCCAGCUUCAAAUGUGUACGCUGCAAUGAGCCCUGUCAAACAGAGCAGGAGCUCUUCAUGCAUAUUAAAGAGAAACAUGAGGAACUGCUACGUGAGGUCAAUAAGUAUGUGCUGGAGGAUACAGAGCAAAUCAACCGGGAACGUGAGGAAAACCAAGGCAGUGUCUGCAAAUACUGUGGCAAAGUCUGCAAGAGCAGUAAUUCCAUGGCAUUCUUGGCUCAUGUGCGCACACACACAGGGUCAAAGCCUUUCAGGUGCAAAAUUUGCAACUUUGCUACAGCACAGCUUGGUGAUGCUCGUAACCAUGUUAAGAGACAUCUCGGGAUGAGGGAGUACAAGUGUCAUAUCUGUGGGUGGGCAUUUGUGAUGAAGAAACAUUUGAACACACACCUGCUGGGAAAACAUGGACUCGGCCAGCCCAAAGAGAGGAAGUAUGAGUGUGAGAUUUGUGACCGGAGCUUCAGUGAGAGAUGGGCUCUGAACAACCAUAUGAAGCUGCACACUGGAGACAAGCCAUACAAGUGCACCUGGCCUUCCUGCCACUACGCAUUCCUCACAUUGUCAGCCAUGAAGGACCACUACAGAACUCACACAGGAGAAAAAUCUUUCUUGUGUGAUCUCUGUGGCUUUGCUGGUGGGACUCGUCAUGCUCUCACUAAACAUCGUCGGCAACACACAGGUGAGCGGCCAUUCCGGUGCCAGCUGUGCAGUUUUGCCUCCACCACGCAAUCUCACUUGACCCGUCACAAGCGUGUACACACGGGUGAGAAGCCCUACCGCUGUCCCUGGUGUGACUACAGGUCAAACUGUGCAGAGAAUAUUCGGAAGCACAUCCUGCACACAGGAAAGCAUGAGGGUGUGAUGAUGUACAACUGCCCCAAGUGUGACUAUGCCACCAAUGCCCCCAUGGAUUUUCGCAAUCAUCUGAAAGAGAUGCAUCCAGACAUUGAAAACCCUGACCUGGCCUACCUGCAUGCAGGAAUUGUGUCCAAGUCCUUUGAAUGUCGUCUGAAGGGCCAGGGGGCAUCAUAUGUGGAGGCUGAAACUGCAUUUACACCUGAUGAGGGUCGGCAAGGUGUGGAGGCUCUCCAGCAGGUCAUCAUCAUUCAAGGUUACGGGGAGGGUGAAGUGAUGGAACAGGCCUUGGAAGAGUCUGCAGCUGCCACUUUGCAGACCCUGGCCAUGUCUGGCCAUGUGGCGGAGGUGUUGCACAUCACUGAGGAUGGCCAGGUCAUUCCAUGUGACCACAAAGUGGCAUCGUCAGGGGCCCAGCUGACCCAAGGGCCGAUCCAGCUGCCUGAAGGAGCAACACAGUAUGUGCUAGUAAAUCCAUCUGGAUCGGCGCCAGUGCUGGGGGACCAAGUAGAACACACACUGCACGAGAGAGGCCAGAACCUGGUCAGGGGCAGCCAGAUGGUGACAGAGUCAUCCACAGCCUUGGAUGCCCUGCUCUGUGCAGUAUCAGAACUUGGACAAAAAAGUGAGGCUAAUGAGUCUGAGAUCAUCACUAAUACGGUGGGAGAAAAUGGCACAAAUCAAGGUGAGAGACAUGGGGAGGUAGAAGUUUACAGUGAGGUUUUACAAAGUGAGGGUGUGGAGUCUAUUGGUGUGGUGGCACAAGUGGUGGGCCAUACCCACAAGGCCACAGCUGAGGGAGUGGUGCAGGAGGUGCUGCAGUUUGCUGCCAAUCAGCUAAUGAUGAAGGAGGGGCUAACUCAGGUGAUUGUGAAUGACGAGGGCACACAUUAUAUAGUAACAGAGCUGGAUGACUCCACCCUGCAGGUGGAAGGUACUGUAUAUACACAGCAAGAGGUGGCAAGACCCGAGGAGGGCCAAGUGGAAACAGUAGAGCAGUCUAAUGAGGUUCCAGUCACAUAUUCACAUAUCAGCCUUAAACAAGAUGCUCAGGAAUGAUGAGGGUGGAACUGGAGAGCUUGUGAUCUCGUUUGGCUCACCCAGUAGUUUUGGCGCCAUCCUCCUAUUAUGAUAUGCAUAGCUAACUCAGGAACCUUUUUUGGCUUAACACAGUAGAACAGGCUGGCUUGGCUGCAGUGCAUACACUAAGAUGAAUAAGACAGUAUAAGGCCAUUUAUGCCUGAAUAAUGUCCCAUAACCACAUUCUUUGCAGUUGUAGAAAGCCCCUUUUAAUCCUACUGAACAUUUUGCAUUAUUAUAACAAACUAAAACUUUUUAGACAGUAAAGUAGGAGGAAUUGUUGUACCUUGAAAUCUCCAAACCAGUUGUAGAAUGUAGAUUUUUACAUACUUCGAAUGUAUCACUGUUCAAAACUAUUCAGAAAAAGGUACAUUAUCAUUUAUAUUAAGGGGAUAUUCUGGCUUAAUUGUAACUUGAUCUCCAUCUACUACAGUUGUAAUGAACUGUUUACUAUCACAGACAAAAAUUCAGUGCAUCUGCAUGUACUCAAAACUGAAAAUGACUUACUUGAAACACCCUAAAUGGCCAGCAUUUAGAAUGUAAAAAACACGUCUUGUAGAACACUUCUGAUACAUUCUAUUUGUAAAUGAAAUUUUUAGAGAUUGAAAUUCAGAAAUUUUCUGGUGGAACAAUUUGUGGUUCUCUAAAAGCACCAGUAAAUGUAGCAAGAAUACAUAAAACAUUCAAUUUUGUUUAGAAAUAAAUUUGUUUUCUGCUUGCCAUGCUGGUGCUAUUUUUCAGUUUUGCAUGUUUUUUGUUGUAUAGUUUUUUGUCUGUGCUAAUACAGUUCACAAAGAUUUUGGUAGAUAAAGAUUAGGGGAAAAGCCACAUAUAUGUCAAAAUAAAAAUGCAUUUGAAACAAAUUUUGUAUAAGUAUUGCAGAAUUUGUGUUGUUUUUGAAUUGUUUCUAAGCUCUUUUCCUGUUUCUUUUUUACUGCAUAUUGAAGGCUUUCAAAAGGCUGACUUUUCUGACUGGUCAAAUGCAUAGUGAGAGUUCAGUGGUGGUUGUCACACUCCACUAGACUACACACUCUGCACCAUUCCUCAGUACUGCGAUCAUUCCACGGGUUCAUUGCUUAUAAUGGUUUUUAAUAAAUUUGAAGUGCUUAAUUUCAUAAAUUGUUUCACAUAUUCUUGUUAGUUUACCUGGAAAACGUCUAUUGGAAUAGAUAAGGUUUUAGAAUGAGCUGUGCUGUUUGACACAAGAUGACUUGUUUUUACAGUGCAUUCUGCAGCAAAUACUGUGCAUGGAAUACUGUUUGCCUUGCAAUCAUUUUUCGGUAAAGUGAGCUUAGGAUGUGUGAAUGUGUCUUUUCUUCUGUUUUAUAUGUAAAUUAUUUUUGUUGUUUAUUGAAUUAUGGUUAUAAAGGGCAUGGCUAUGUUUAUGUUCUACUGAUAAAGGUUUGUGUGCAUUGAUUGUUACCAAAAUAUAGAUCAGUCUUUAAUUGCAAAUCUAGUGUCUUUGUGAUAUUCUGGAAUCUCCAUUCUGUCAUAUUUUCACUCUAAAAAUGAAGUUAAUAUUUAAAGCAUUAAGUGAUUUAGUACUACAUGUUGCACUUGUUAUAUAUAUUACAAAAAUAUACAUUUUUAGAAAAACAAGGUCAAAAUAUUUAGCAGCAAAGA